UGACCAGCGGUACGACUGAAAUAAGAAGAUUACUAGCUCAGAUCUUCUUAUUUAGAGAGAAAAUUAUGAUUAUUUAAAGAAGGAUCACCUUCGCAAAGGAUUUAUUUACGUUUUGGGGAUUUUUCUACUCCAGGACGGACGUUUUAAGAUGGAGAUGAAGUGUUUAACUUUAAAGGAUUUGCUUAGUGUGAGGACGCUAGUGAAUAAGACAGGCUCAGAUGAUACUGGCAACACAAAUGACCAGAAAGAGAACAUCUGCAUGGACCGAAGGAAAAUGACACCACUGAAGUGCGAGUCUGCGACGGCAGCUGUGAGCGGACUUCGUAGAGUUUCCAGCCCAGAUAUCGCCCAUAUAACCCCCAUUAAACAUGUGGAGAGGGCCCAUCCGGACCCCUGGACCCCAACAGCCAACUUGAAAAUGCUGAUCAGCGCCGCCAGCCCAGAUAUCCGUGACAGGGAGAUGAAGAAAACCCUUUUCAGACCUAUUGAAAAUGAAGAGACGGCUGUAGAGGAGGAUGAAGAGGAAGAACUCGACGACUCGUGUCAGUAUGAAGCGUUAGACGAUUCUGAGAGGAGACCCAGUCGCAAACAGAAGAGUUUGGGGCUUUUGUGUCAGAAAUUUCUGGCCUUGUACCCUGAUUACCCAGAAACCUCUGAAAGCAUCAAUAUUUCUCUGGAUGAAGUGGCCACACGCUUAGGCGUUGAAAGGAGACGUAUUUACGACAUUGUGAACGUACUGGAGUCUCUGAUGCUGGUGAGCAGAAUGGCCAAGAACCUGUACGUGUGGCACGGACGUUCAGCACUGCCGCAGACCCUGCAGGAUCUUUAUCAGGCCGGUCGAGAGCAGGGCUACCAUCUGCAGAUGGACCAGAGAGAAGGAAGCAGCCCGUAUGCCGCCCACCACAUGCAAAACACACACGCCGCCUCCAGCAGACGGAAGGACAAGUCGCUCCGUAUCAUGAGCCAGAAGUUUGUCAUGCUGUUUCUAGUCUCUAAAACACAAACAGUUACCCUCGAUACGGCUGCUAAGAUUUUAAUCGAAGAGGGUCAGGAUGAGUCCAGCCACAGCAAGUACAAAACUAAGGUGCGACGUUUGUAUGAUAUCGCUAAUGUCCUGACCAGCCUCAAUCUGAUCCAGAAACUUCACGUAAGAGAAGAAAAGAGCCGUAAACCCGUCUUCAAAUGGAUCGGGCCUGCCGAUUUCCACAGCAGCAGUGAUUCAGGCGAUUUGAGAGUCUCAGAAGCUCAGAUCAGUACAGUCGGGGAACGACGGGAGAAGAUGACGCGUCACUCUUCCUUUCAGGUCAUUCCUGCCCCCUCUGUCAAUCAAAGACGGAUAAGCUCCGCCCCCAGCACACCUCACAGACCUACAGACGAGCCUGUGGAUUAUUCUAGAAAGAGCGUGAACACCAGCGCAGUGUGUCGACUGCAGUUUGGAGAUAGUGUUCAGCCCAGUGGAAGUCCUGUAGUGUCAUCUUCCGGACUGGCAUCACUAGCAGUCCCUCUUCAAGCUGAUGUGCCGUAUGCCCAGUUUGCUCCUCACCCGUUAGCGUACCUGCCCGGUCUGCCACAAACACCCCUGCUCAUGGUGUACAGCGGACACGUCCCAGACGCCGUCACCCAGAGGUCACCCGUCUCAGGCCACAGGGAGGGAAACCUGAAGAAGAGAGAGAGACAAGAGGAAGAGGAUGAUGAUCAGACAGCUAAACGAAGCAAACGCUCAGCUUCCAUAGAAAGUGAAAUGGGUGAGACUGAGAGUCUGAGCUCCAGCGCCAGAAGGUCUCCAAUCUGGUCUCGAGAAGGUUCCCCGUGGGACGAGGCCUCAUUUGGGCCGAUGAAUGAGGAAGACGCAGGAGCGCCCAGCCCUAAAGAUCCCCUCCUGUCCUCUCAUUACCUCUAUGUUCCCAACACAGCAGGUCUGAAUGGUUUAAACUUUCUCAUGCCAGCGGGACAUACACAGGGUGGAGUGCCAGCCGUAGCUAUGCCAUAUUUUUUGGUGCACUCGCCGCUCAUAGCAGGUGCAAUGGCCACCUCCAGCGCUGAGGGGGCUGCCAGCGGCGGUCUAAGUUUCAGCAUGCCCACUGUGCUGUCACCGGCCCGGUUUGUGAUGGCAGGAGGGGCAUUUGGUGUGGCUGAAACAAUGAACAGCCCUGAGCAUCAUGGCCACAGAUUACCAGCAGCCACACUUUCGCCACAGGGACCACAAACACAAGAAAGCCCCCAGCCAGCACAAACACAGACUCCUGUGACACCAAAGGAAGCGGCAGUGGGGUCCAAAUCUUUCUUUGAGACGCCUGGAGCGUUCGGGUCUCUCAGCACCUCACCGGCUGCCCGCAAAAGAGGCUCCGCCCAGAGGAGGCUGGACAUCGGACACGCAGGAGCCAAUUAAAUUAGCUGCUGCAUUUGUGUCAUUACAUUUUCAUGCUUCUGUGGUGCUAGAGUGCCAAAGACAGAAACAGCAUUAAACAGCAAAAUUUGACUUGAAUAAUUUCUGAGGAAAUUAACAUUUCUUGUUUACUAACUAGGGAACAUCUGAAUGCAGAGGGCAGAUACUAGUGAGACACUGUUACACACCCUCUUGUGGCUGUAUUUCUGUUUUCCCCCACCACUUUUGAUAGUAUUUUGGAGUUCAUUUCACAUCCGUGUAACAGUGUAACAGCAUAUUGCCUGAUUUUGUUUACCGUUAUUAUUUAUUGAAGUAUUCCAGAGGCUAAAAUCAGCAAUCCAGCUCUAGCACUACGUAUUUAAAAAUGUGAAAAUGAAUUAAGUCUGGAUCAGUCUCUGAGAGGAAGCUACAAAUCUGCUCAAUAGUAUGUUCACUAUUUCAACAGUUUGUAGGAGUGCCAUACUGGUGAAGCCGACUUGCGUAUUUGUUACAUGAUGCCUUCACCACAGAGAAUGAAUGAAUUUUAAGUGUAUUUUGGAUACAUAACAAAAUAAUGGUUGUAAUGUUUGACACUGUUAACAUUUAAGGUGCUACAAUCUGUGAAAUGAAUAGGAAACAAAGACAUACUUGAAUAACCAGUGUAUAUGAUCUGCAAUCACUGGAGCAAAGCAGAAAUAUCACAGUACUGUACUGUUUUAAAACAAAGUAUGUUUAUGUAUUGACUGUUCUUAGACUAGUAAUAAAUUAUUUUUGGAAACAUAAAUUUGGAUUGAAUUUUACACAAAAAGGUGUAAUUCAUAGAGCUGUACAGUAUUUACAGUUAUUUUACUGUAACACGUAGUGUUGAAUAUUUUGUAUACAUAUGUUAAUUUUUGUAUCUGUCAGUGUUUAAAUGUCUGUUGGAUGUUUAAAGCUGCACUGCUGAAUCUGUAUGGUGCUUUUUUGUUUGUCAGAUGUAUUUCAAUCAUUUGUGUGGACA